CGGACGCCAUGUUGUGGAAGAUAACCGAUAAUGUCAAGUAUGAAGAGGACUGCGAGGAUCGCCACGACGGGAGCAGCAAUGGGAACCCGCGCAUCCCCCACCUCUCCUCGGCCGGGCAGCACCUCUACACCCCCGCGCCGCCGCUCUCGCACACCGCGGUCGCCGACUACCAGCCGCCACCCUACUUCCCACCUCCCUACCAGCAGCUGGCUUACUCGCAGUCUGCCGACCACUACCCGCACCUGGACGCCUACGCCGCGCCCAUCAACCCCCUGCACGCGCCCGCGCCCGCCGGCAGCCAGCAGCAGGCCUGGUCCGGCCGCCAGAGCCAGGAGGGAGCCGGCCUGCCCUCGCACCACGGCCGCCCGGCCGGCCUGCUGCCCCACCUCCCGGGACUGGAGGCGGGGGCGGUGAGCGCCCGCAGGGAUACCUUCCGCCGCUCCGACCUGAUGCUGCCCCACGCGCACGCCCUGGACGCCGCGGGCCUGGCGGAGAACCUGGGGCUGCACGACAUGGCGCACUCCAUGGAGGAGGUGCAGAAUGUCGACGACCAGCACUUGCUGCUGCACGAUCAGACUGUCAUUCGCAAAGGUCCCAUCUCGAUGACCAAGAACCCGCUGAGCCUCCCUCUGAGCCACCAGAAGGAGCUGGUGGGAGCCGUGAUGAACCCCAGCGAGGUCUUCUGCUCCGUCCCUGGAAGACUGUCCCUGCUCAGCUCCACAUCUAAAUAUAAAGUGACAGUGGCAGAAGUACAGAGGCGACUGUCCCCUCCUGAAUGCUUAAACGCCUCGUUACUGGGAGGUGUUCUCAGAAGAGCCAAAUCUAAAAAUGGAGGCCGGUCCUUACGGGAGAAGCUGGACAAGAUUGGGCUGAACCUUCCGGCCGGGAGGCGGAAAGCUGCCCACGUGACUCUGCUGACAUCUCUAGUAGAAGGGGAAGCCGUUCAUUUGGCUCGGGACUUUGCCUAUGUCUGUGAAGCCGAGUUUCCUAGUAAACCGGUGGCCGAAUAUUUAACCAGACCUCAUCUUGGAGGACGAAAUGAGAUGGCGACCAGGAAGAACAUGCUGCUGGCAGCCCAGCAAGUGUGUAAAGAGUUCACAGACCUUCUCACUCAAGACCGGACACCCAACGGGAGCAACAGGCCCACCCCUGUCUUGGAGACGAACAUACAGAACUGCUUGUCUCAUUUCAGCCUGAUCACCCACGGGUUUGGCAGCCAGGCCAUCUGCGCCGCCGUGUCUGCCAUGCAGAACUACAUCAAGGAAGCCCUGAUAGCCAUAGACAAGUCCUACAUGAACCCCGGAGACCAGAGUCCGGCGGAUUCCAACAAAACCCUGGAGAAGAUGGAGAAGCACAGGAAAUAAAACAGGGCGAACACAGGGCCCGCGAGUUGGGAAGGACCGGGCCUGCCAAACCCUUCUCACGGACUGGGGGCCCCCUUGGCCUGGGGGCGGCGGUCACCCACCUCACUGCUAGCCAUGCAGAGGCCUCCCUUGGUUUCCGGGUCGACGGCGACAACGUGGGCGUGUCCUCCUGGAUCCCUUAGUGUUUCUCUAGCUCCGAGGUGUCUCCUACCUUUGGACAUUACCAGAAGGUGACAAGUGCUGGCUCUUUACUCAUUAAACUUUUAUUCUGCUGUUUUGAACCCCAUUCUUCCUUUCUCUGAAAGUGGUGCUAUAAGUUCUAGAACCUUUUAAAUAAAUCCCCUGGGCUAACAACAACAAGAAACCACACACUUAGUCGUUGAAACGUCAAAUUGAUGUGAUCCGGAUCAGAAAGAACUUUUUUUGUUCAGUGUUAAGGUAACGGCUGGUUUUCGUGUCCACUAAAUAAUUUUACCUUAAAGAAAAAGUAUUUAUCUCUCUAGCUUCUUCCCAGAUCAAAUCCUCCAGUGGGAGGCAAAGGUUCUGUCUGCUUAGCGAGGAGCCGAUAGGUGAUAUUCCACACACUUGACACCCAUGUCAUUCAAAGGGGGCCUUCGGGUUUUAGCAAAAGUGUAGAAACAAAGCCUGCUGAUUUUUUUCCUUUUUUUUUUUUUUUUUAAACACUUUGAAAGUUAACUCUUUAAAUAGGAGACUCUUUAAAAAUGACAUGAUCCUUUAAGGUAUUGAAGCUUUAUUUGCAUAUUUAUUUCAGAUGUUUUGAGUAAACUUGAAAAGGGUGGGCACGAAGCAUUGUGUGUGCUGCCUGUCAUCCCCAAGUCUCCGAGGAGGCUCUGUAUUUGAGAAACAGUGCAUUGAGUGUACAGAUUUUAUUUAUGCAUAAUUUAAUGGGGGUCUGUAAAUACUGGUGCACUUCUUACGACUUUUUUGAGAAAUGGGAUUCGAUUUUAAUAUUAACUUUUAACGGUGAUGGGGUAAUCUAUAACACGUCUUAAGGUUUUAUUCAUAUGUACACAGGGUAUUAAGAGGAUGCUGCGCUCUGUUCUUGGCUUGGAAGAUUCUAUUUAAUUGAAGCUCUCUGUUCAGAAAGCAAUAACUUUUGUGUCUUGUUCCUGUUGGGGUGAACCCCAAGAUGAGUGUGCAGUGCAGUGUGUGUGGGCGAAACGGAGAUACGGCAUUGAACUCCAUGCGCCUGUCAAUGUUCCCCAAGUAAUUGUCGUGUGUAUGAUGCCUGUAUAAUAAAAGUAUUCUCGAUAGAAUCUG